AGUUCAGUUACUGUUAAACACUGCUGAUAUUCAUAUUAAAUAAAUAAAAUACUUCAAGUUAAAUAAAGAAAAAUUUUGAAAAAUUUUUUUGCGGUGAUAAUAAAUUUUUAUACAAAGCAUAUAAUAUAUAAAAAAGAUUGUGAUUUUCUAAACAUAUAAAUGUAUAUUUAAUAUAUUAAUUAAAAAAAAAAUUUUGCUACAAAAAAUUUUUUUUACACCAAGUCUUAUAAAUGAAAAGAAAUUGUCUGCAACAAGCUAAGAAUAUCAGAAAGCGUACGUGACGUUAUAUAUGCCUUAGAGCAUUAAGAAAAAGUGUCAUUGCAAAUUUAUAAAAAAGCAAAAGAAAAUAAAUUUGCUUUAAAAAAAAACUAAUAAAAAGGAACUGUGAUUUCUUUGUUAAGAAACUUAAAUAUUUUUUUAACAAAACUACAAAACGUGCAUUUAAAUUUUUUUUGUAAAAAAAAAGAAAAACUUUUUUGAACAUUUUUAUUUUGUUACUAAAGCAAAAUUAAUCCAGAUAAAAUGGAAAUAUUAUCUGUGCAAAAUCAAUAUCCCGAACGUUUUAGUAUUAUUAGUAAUACAACAAAAACAAAAGAUUGGUCCACUUCCCUGCAGACCACUCGAACGUCAACAAAAACAGAUGUUAAUACAACAACUACAAACACAAAUAGCAACACAACAACCAGUGUUAAUAAUAAUAAUAAUAACAGUCCAAAUUAUUUGGCUGAUGAAGAACUCUUAUACUGUGAUAAAUUCGAACUAGCGGCUAUAAAUGAUUUGGCCAGCCGUUUGCUCGAAGAAUUGCGUGCAGCAAAAUCUCGUAAUUUAACCUGCACCGAAGUCUCAAUACCCUGUGAUCUCACCACACGCAUAGCGUCAGAAAUCAUACGUGUCUCCGAACGUGAACCCUGCGGCGUACGUGGCUGUACACUCUAUAUAGAAUUCGAAGAAGAACCACAAAAUUCCCGACGCAUAGGCACCCUUAAGGUGGAUCACGAAAUGGUCUCCACUUUUGAACUUUAUUUAACUUUGCGCCAGGAUAAACGCGGCUGGGCGUCUUUGUUGCCACAAUUCAUGAAGAACUUAUCGCGCAGCAUAACAAUAAGUCCGGAAUUUAGUUUGACCAAACAUAAAUUGUAUUCGCCCAAUGAAAGCAGUUAGUUUGCCUGAUAUCGGCAAUGGCUCCCAUGGCUGCUAUUAGCUUUUAUUGUUUAGUUUCGAACAAUCCCACCUUUAUAUGGCAUAUAAAAACCAACUCAUCAACCAAACGCGCUCAUUGUCAACGACAGGCAACAUAAUUAUCACCAUCAUCAUCAUCAUUAUUAGCAUUAUCUUAAUACUUAAGGUAUAAUACUAUAUAGGAAUCAAACAACCAACCAACCAAUAACAUUUGCUUCAUCUUUUUUACAUGGUAAAACUUUUUAAGCUUUGUAAGCUAAAAUUUGAAUAACUAUAAGUACAUACAUACAUACAACUAUGCAUAUAAAAUGUAUAUAAUAUAUAUAUUUAAUAUAUAAACAAAAAAAAAAGUAUCUCAAACCUCAUAAAAAACAAUGUUGUCGUUUCAUCAUCUUUCACUCUCUCUCUCUGUCACUCUCUCAAGCUCAUUGUGAAUUCACCACCAUAUUAGAAAAGUAAGAUUUUUUUAGUAGUUUUAAGUUUUAUUCGUUUGUGUUUUGAUUUCGAAAGGAACGUAAAUUGUGAAAAAUAUGGUCAGAUGUUUGCAUUACAACUCCAGAACUUUUCUGGCAAACAAAUGUAUUCUCUACUUUAUACAGUUAAGCAAAAAAGUUAAAAAUAAUGUAUAAUAGUUAGAUACAUUUUUUGAAAACAUUUAAGUCUCUAGGAGUUUGCCAUCUACUAUAACUCAUUAAAAUGUGAUACUGAUUAAGUAGUAGUUGUAGCUGUUAAAUAGUUAGCACUAGCUUUUUAUUAAAAAAAAAACAAUUAAAUUAAAAAUAAUAAUUCCUCAAACUCUUCCCUAAAAAGAACUAAAAAACAGUUUAAUUAAUUGUAAAUUAAGUAAUAAAAUAACAAUUUAUAAAAAAACUAAGCUUUUUUUUGCAAAAGAAACUCAACUCAAACUGCAAACUCCUCAAUAUUGUGAAAGAUUAAUACAACUACAAAAAAAAAAAAAAAGAAAAUUCAAAAUUUUUUUUCAAAAACUAACAAAUAUUCAAUAUAAAAUAUAAAAUCACAAAUUUUUUAACUGCGAUAUUAAUUAAUUAAUGACUUAAAUAUAAUAUUAACCAUUAGUAGCAUUUCAAAUUUUAAAUUUUCUUAUCUAAAUGUUCUUGUAGUCUUACCAAACCAACAAAAAAAAAUCCAUAAAAUUAUAAAAAAAUUUUCAUAAAAACUAAAACAGCAAACUCAACUCAACAGCAAAUUAAAAUAAAAAAAAAAAAUUCAAAUCCAAAUUGUUUUCUAAACAAACAAAAACAUAAAAAAUAAUUAUAUAUUUAAACAAAACAAAAACAAAAAUCAAUGAUCUUUAACUCUUUAAGUGUGUAUUAAUUAGUAUUUAAUAGGAUUUCAAUAUAAAAAUUACAAAAAAAAA